AUGGGAAUUUCCCUACUCAAUUCUAUUUUUGUUGAUGUCAGCAUUAUUGCUUUUGCGUAUCCGUUGAUGACGUCAUAUGAUUUCGUUUUACUUGUUUUUUGGGAUGAGGUGGUGGUGGAAGUGGUGGAAGCGAGCAUUUGUAUGGCAAACAAAAGGAUCAUUCCUACUUAUUUUAAUGAGGCUGCUGUGACUAAAAAAAGAAAGGAUUCCCACGGUUUUAACUCCAUUGAAGAACUUACAGCUAAUCCAGACUUCAAAGUGAGAAAAAUUCUAUCCUUCAAAUUGGACAUUGAUUAUAGAAUUAUUUUCAAAAUUGAUGUUGCUAAUAAAAUAUAUAGGCAGCUGGAAAAAGAAAUUAAGUAUUCACUGGACAGUAAAAUAAGGAUUUUUGGGAAUACCUUUGAUAUUUCUAGAAAACAAGUAGCAUUUGGUGACUUUGGCAUCACUUAUAACUUUUCCGGUGUAAAAGUACCUGCUCAAACAUGGCAUCCUUUGGUAUAUGAUCUUAAAAGAAUAGUGGAGGGUAUUUGUGACUGCAAAUUUAAUUUUGUCUUGGUAAACAGAUACAAGGAUGGAAAUGAUUACAUUGGUGAGCAUCGAGAUAAUGAAAAAGAUUUAGACAUAAACUUUCCAAUUGUCUCACUUUCUUUUGGACAGAAAAGAGACUUUACUUUUAAACAUCACUCAUCACGAGGAUCAAAGUUAAAAAAAGAUAUUCUAAAUGUGAAAUUGGCACUAGAACAUGGAAGUUUGCUAGUUAUGAACCCUCCCACUAAUACAUAUUGGUAUCAUAGCUUGCCUAAACGAUCUGUUAGAUCAUGUCCUAACCCAAGGAUAAACCUGACAUUUAGAAAAAUCAAGACUUAGUCAACUAUUUACUCAAUACAUCCAAGAAAAUGGAAUACUAAAACAUUUGUAUACUUAAUUAUUUUGUUUAAAUAGCUAAAAUUAAAUAGCUAAAAAUUUUUUACCUUUUUUUCUUAUUGUUACACGUGUCCAUUUUAUUUCUAUAUUAUAAUAU